GAUUAUCUGUUGCAAAAAAAAAAAACGACUAGCGAUAUAUUCCAAUCUUAUCGUGCCGAUGUAUCCUUCGAAUAGCAUUGUUUCGUAUCGGCGAUAGAUUAAUUUCAUAAGAAAUCCAAGCGCCCCAUUGCACUUGCUAAAAUAGUUCUGCGAAUCAGUUACUCAAAUGCUGCAAUUAAAUCUAAUACGUAUUAUUAUAUGAUUAAGUAAAAAAAAAAAAAAAACAGAAAAAGAUGUCGCGAUCGGUUCGGUUUUUCAGUUCGUUCGUUAUCCUCGCUUGCGUCUCGAUCGUUUUGGGAGUCAAAACUUCAAACUUAAGAUCGUCGAAGGCGUCUAGAAACGUCAUAAGAGAUCUGCAAGUGAGCGACAUCGACUCGACCUCCGCGAAAAUAUCGUGGAACGCGUCGGAAGACAAGAAUCUUGACGAUUUCACCAUCGAAGUGUCCCGAAAUGGAGAAUCCGUCGCGCGCCAAACGAUCGGCGACGCAACGUCGUGGCUAGCUCGAGAUCUCGAGCCGUGCACCAGGUACAACGUCACGGUUACGUCGACGGGAUCGACCAUCGAUACCGUCCACACUGAAUUCGCUACUUCCUACGUCACACCCGUGUGGUCGACGCGACACGGAGCCAUCACGCAGAGGCCCUCGGGCCUGAAGCUCGUCUGGACGCCGGCCCAGCCCGAGAGCUGCGUCAAGACCUAUCGGCUCGAGAUCGACACGCGCGAUCCCGAUCUCGAGCACGCCAUGAUCGCCGAGACCACGGCAACUCAGUACGCGUUCGAGAAUCUGUACGCGUGCGCCCGCUACUGGUACACCGUCUCUCUCGUCGAUCUCCAGGGCAACGUGUUCCAGUUCGUCGAGGGUCGGUCGGUGGCGCAGUUCGCCGCGGUGCCCGAGGCCCCCGUGACGAGCCGAGACUCGGAGCCGCUGCUGACCCGCUACACGGCGACCUUCUACCUGAACGCCAGCAGUCCGAGCGGCAGCAGCAAUUGCAGCCUCGAGCUGGUGCGCGCCUACUGCGAGGUGACGUCGAGCCCGGUGGCGGCCGAGCAGGGCCGACGCUACGAGCUGCAGACCCGGGUGCGACCGGGCCAGGCGCGCGACCGGAUACCGAUCGAGCUGGAGCGACUCGCGCCCUACACGUACUUCAGCUGUCGGGCUGCGGGAGUUAACGGAGCUGGGCCAGGGCCGUUGAGUCGGCCCAUCACCUUUCGCACCUCGGAGGACUAUCCGUUCCCGCCGUGGCGGCUGAGAGUCGAGGGCGACGGUGCUGCCGGUGCGGGUGGUGGGCAGCCGCGCGAGCUCGUCUGGGAGCCGCCGAGGUGGCUCGCCGGUACUCUGCUCGGUUACAGGCUGAGGCUGACCUGGAGGCCGAAUUAUCCGGUGCCCGCGGCUUGUCCGCCACAUUCGGUAUGGGGUACGAAGACGAUGGAAGUCGGGUCGGGCCUGACUCGGCUGAGCCUCCUAGACGAGGCGACGUCCGCCCGUUACGUAGUGAAGAUGGCCUCGAGGACUGGACUGGGAUACAGCCACGAGACGGUGAUCGAUUACACGAGUCCGGUUCGCGGAGUGCCCGAUAAAAUAACCAACCUGUCGUACAACAUCGUGCCCGUGUCGGCGGCGGGCAAGAUCUACGACAUCACCCUCAGCUGGCAACUGCCCUGCUCGCCCAAGGGCAAUCUCAGGGAGUUCGAGGUCGAGGCGCGAGACGGAAGCGGCCAACUGGUCGCCGACCUGAUCGUCCCGGUCCCCGAGGAGCGAGUUCAGCCGAAUCAACGGUUUCGAGCCGUUCUGAGCCAGUUGGCACCCGUGGACGACGGUAGUUACGAUAUCGCCAUUACCCCGGUGGUGCGCGACGGCCUGGAGAACGACGGCCGGGGCGAGGUCGAGCUGAUCGCCAUUCAAAUACCUGCCUGGAAACAGCCGGUGGAGAGCUCGUGAUUCCAUAAAAUACUUGUUUAUUGUUUUAAAAUAAUUAUUGUUUGAUGUAACCAUGGAUAAAAUUAUUUAAGAAUUAUA